GUCCAGACGAGACAGGGAAAAGCGCCCGCUACAUGAUUGUGGGGGUGUUAACGGUUCCCGUACUAGAGUUGCAGACCGGGGAGCCGCCUCCAGCUGAUGAUCAGGAGGGUGAUCCCGAGGAACGACCGCGGGAAGGUGAGGCAGAGGAGCAUGCCGGAGGAGUUCUUAGCGAUGAGGAGUUCUUUGCUGAUGGUGGUGACGAGCCAGAUCCGGAGCUUGGGGCUAAGGAACUCGGUGAGGCUAGGGCCAACAAAGGAGCAUGGCAGGAGAUCAUGGAGCGCGACCAAGAGGCCUGGAAGGCCGAGGCAGAGCAGGAGUUCUUGCCCGAGGUUAAGUUAGUGGAGUGGGUGUUUGUUGAAACGCUGCAGGGCAAGGGCCAGCAGCAAGUGCUAGGCGCCAUCAGCCGGAUGAGGGCGGAAGCAAUGAACUUAGGGUUCUCAGUCCGGAGACUGCACUCCGACAGGGGUAGGGAGUACAAUAAUGCAGCUCUGAAGGGAUGGUGUGCCCAACACUCGAUCGUAAAGACAAUGGCUUUUGCAGAAGAACACCAAGGGAAUGGACGAGUCGAGUCAACAAUUGGUCGAAUCAAGGCCAAAGCUCGAACCUUCAUGGAACAAGGAGGUGCUCCGGUGGAAGAGUGGCCCCUUGCCGUUCAGCUUGCCGCCAUGGUGCUCCAAAAUAAGGCCCGUGACCUACUUCAUAUGCCACGUAGGCAGGUGGUUCCCUACAACACGAAAGUGCAGGUGGUCCAAAGGACAUGGCGCCGGGGAGCCUGGCAUGCUGUGACGGUCGCAGCAAAGACCAAGGGGCCCUCAGUCGAUAACGAUAGAGGUUGGGUGGUGGUUACUUCGGAUGGGAACUUUUUAACUACAAGCAAGUUGUUCCCCUCAGCGCAAGAUGAGGAAAAGAUCGUUGUCACCUACGAGGGCCCACCCAUAGACCCUAAUGCUCCGUCCAGAAGAGUCACUGGCAAGUCACCUGCUGCCCGGAAAAUCAAGGCUCCAAUGACCCUGCCAGGCCCCACCUCAGAGGCCGAUGUACUAGCCCAGAAGUUGCUCGAACAAGAGGAUUUCUCCCCGUCAGCUGUGGCAAAACUGGCACUAGUGCUCAGCAGGACGCCCGAUGUUGCGCAUGGUAGUCAACUUGCUAUAGUGGAAAAGGCUGAGAAAGGAGUCGUGUUCUUUGCCGGAGCGUUUUCCUUUGGAGGACUGACUGGGAUGAAGAACCAGGCAAAGGAGCACCCAUGGGUGACCGGGUAUCUAGCCAGGUAUCUGAGUAUCCACACCUCGUCUCCGUUCGCUACCAUAGGUUUGCUGUGGAACACUGAGCACAAACCCCAUCGUGACAGCCAUAAUCAAAAGGGCAUAAGCAAUGUUGUGGUUCCAGUAGUGACUAGUGGGGGAGGCCUAUGGGUACAAGACGAGGGCUUGAGCCCGGAUCAGCGUCUGAGUCAAGAAGUUUGCAAGGAGGUGAGCGCAGGUAAAGAGGUGAAGGGAAGGUGCAUGUCUUAUAAGUCCGGAAGGCCGGUUGCAUUCGAUGCAAGCAAAUGGCAUGCCUCGGUGAAGGGUACUGGCCAGCAGCUUCUGGUUGUAGGUGAUCUAAAUGCCACAGGUGCGUUGCAAGUCCCAGAUGAUCUAGACGCCACAGGUGCGUUGCAAGAGGUUCCAGAUUUGAUAGAUGCCCAAGGUUCUUCAGCUGUCUCAUUGGCCCGUUCACGGCCAGAGAGGUCUUCCCUCACCGCUGGUGCGCGCAACGUUGGUCGCUCAGCUGCGUCAGUUGAGUCAGGCCCUUUGGAGUGGUCAAGUUGCGAGGUCGGCCAAGUUGGUCCGGUAACUCCGACAGACCGAGAAGGUGAAGUCAAAGAUGAUUUGUGGUUCUGGUAUGAGGACGGUCUUGAAGCUGAAGACGGGGAGGACUGUAGGUUCUCAGUUCCUGUGGUUGCGUCAGAGCUUAAGGCUUGCGCAUGCACCCCGGCAGCAAACGUUACCUUUCGCUUGGAGUCAAUCCCCUGGAAGAUGAAAAUUGAUCUAGAGAGCGAGGCAGUUCUGGGAGCGGAGCAGCAUCGUACUCAGCAGCAAGCGCUCGAGACGCUUGAAGAGGAAGCAGCUCCAGGUGGCAACGGUGGUCCAGAGAUUGCGAGAGCUCUAGCCAGACUGGGCGACCUAGAGGGCCAGGUCGUGAAGUGCACGCAGGCAGCAUGGGAGCUCCUCCCUGAGACAGGCUCCACAGUCGUUGAAGGGGUAGAUAAGUUGGCAACCCAUAGCCUUUGUACCCAGAGCCCAGCGGUUCGUUCAGCCAACGGCCUGCCUCAGAACCGCCCAGAGGUCUCGGAGGAGCAUGUCGGCGGUGAGGAAGAGUUUCUUCAAACGCGACUAGUGUCGGUGGAGGAGGUAAAGCGGGAUCUAGGUAUAUGCACUGAGCGCUACUGGCAGCUUGAGCGAGCCAUGUACGGCCUCGAUGUGUCACCGAAAAACUGGGUGCUGUUCCGGAACCAGACCCUGGAGUCCAUUACUGCACUCACAGACGGGACUCCGGUGAGAUGCAGACAGUUGCCUCAGGAUGCAAACCUUUGGGAGGUUAAGAGAGAGACCGAUGGUCAGCUGCUGGCAUUCAUUGGGAUAUAUGUAGACGACCUCGCCGUCGUUGCGCCGUCCCACUUGUUGCCUGAAGUGAUGGCAACCAUUCGUAGGCCGUGGGAGACGUCAGCGCCAGAAACGGUGCAUGAGAAGGGAGACGUAAGCUUCGCGGGCUACGAGUUGAGAAUACAAGGAGACCGGAUUCUAAUGCAUCAACGAAGCUACAUCCGAGAGAUGCUGAAGCAGUGGGAGAUUGAUGAUGAAGCUACCGCUCCCGCAGUGAAAGAGCCUCCGGUAGUUACGAGCCGAGAGCAGAGCAUCGGAGAUCUCACCCGGAGAGCUCAGGCUAUCGCUGGUCAGCUUCUCUGGGUAUCAACCCAUACCCGUCCCGACGUGGUGUUUGCUGUUCAGAACAUGUGCCAAAUGAUUUCAACCGAUCCGGCUGGAGCUUGUGAUGCAGGGUUUGUUAUCAUGAAAUACUUAAAGCGCACCCUGGAGCAUGCUCUGUCAUAUGGGCCUCCGCCCAACGACCACGGCCUGUGGAACGAGCUGCAGUUUAAGCGGGGGGAGCGUUUGGUUGAAGUGUUUUCCGAUGCAUCCUUCUGUGCAGAUGAAGCAAGCCGAUCGUACCAGUGCGCCAUGUUGUUUUGGGGAGGAGACUUGGUGAUGUGGGCCGGGGGAAGGCAGAGCCUGAUCGCUGCCUCCGCGGCAGAGGCCGAGCUCAUUGGCAUGGUCGAGGCCUACCACAUGGGAAGAGCUUUCCUCCCAACCAUUGAAGUACUGAGCCAAACCCCAGUUCACCCGAGCGAGGAAGAUGUAGCUGAAGAACCGAUAGUUAAGGUUCUCUACGGGGAUAACUCCGCCGCAAUCCAGCUGUGUCAGCUUGAUGCAGGGGCUUGGAGAACCAGGCACUUGAGGCUAAGAGGCGCGAUCCUGAGGCAGGCCACCCAGGACCUGGGUUGGCGUAUCGCCCAUCUGCCCGGGCUGUACAUGCCGGCAGAUAUCGGCACAAAAAUACUUGGGCCUGCGAGGUUCGCCGACCUACUCCACUUGCUUAGGCUGCACGGAGUCCAACCCGGAGCCGAUAGCUCUGGUCGCCCCAAGCCUCAGAUUGCCCAGGCAGUGGUAAUUAAGGUUCUCCUUGCAGUGCUCGUUGCGUCGUUGGUCCAGCCGGCGGAUGCCCAGGUUGCUGCAGAGGUUAACGGAUCUGGGUGGGAACUAGUUUGGGUUACCCUGAUCAGCACGUGUGUGGGGUUCGGGCUCUACCUUGGGGCUGAACUAGCAAAAGGUGCUACUCAAGCCUGCUGCCCGCCGAGGGUUCAGGCCAAGACAUGUGGGUCAUAUCGACCUCCGCCCGAGCCGAAAUGUUCUUCAGAGGACUUGGACGCCACGGAUCUGGAAAGGCCGCUGAUAGAAGGGCCCAGUCGUGGGAAAGAAGAAACAGAAGCUCAUAAGGACCAGACCGCCGAACCAAGUAGCGCUAGCCCCGGCCCGUUUCUGCCUCUUGAUCCCACGCCAUCCACUUACAAGGAUAUAGUUGAGAGGACAGUGCACCAUCAUGAGCGCAUUGAGGAUCUACAGCGAAGGCUAGCCGAGAGUGAGAGGUUUGGCCAGGAGUAUGUGGAUCGGUGCACGUAUCUUCGUGAAGUUCUGGCUGAGCGAUGUGAGGAGGUGCGGAGGUUUGGCUUGUGCAGCUUGAUCCUACCAGGAAUCAAGGCCGCCCUGAAGGAGCUGGAGAAGAGGAUUCAGAGCUUGAACAGGCCACAACCAGUUCCGGAGAGUACACGAUCCGCGAACGAUCCAGCGACAGCUCUGGUGGAUAUCAGCAAGAAGGCAUUGCUACAGUUGCGGUGGCAGCGAGCAUCGCACCAGCUGAGGGAUCAGCCGAUGAAAGCCUCCUGUGCCCAGUGCCGCACGACCCUAAAGGGUGGGAUAGAGGUGAAGAUGGGUGGAUAUGGUUUGGACUAG